AUGCUGGCUGUGGCCGAAUUUCUUAGUGGUCUUUUUGGAAAUGGAGUCCUUGGGGUCUGGUGCUUUAGAGAACGUAUCAGAAAUUUCAGGAGGUCUUCAUAUCACCUCGUGGUCCUGGGCCUGUCUGGCUGCCAGUUUCUUCUGCAGUGGCUGAUUAGGUUGGACUUAAGCCUAUUUCUGCUUUUCCAGAGUAACUGUGAUCUUUACUAUUUUAAUGUCUUCUGGGUCCUAGUAGGCCAGUCCAGCACUCUUGGUGUCUUCUGUUGCAAGAACAUCACGAUGUUUGAAUUCCUUGCCUGCUUGUGGCUGAAGCAGAGGGCCUACAGCCUGAGUCUCUGGUGCCUUCGAGGGUCUUUCAUCAUCAGGGUCUUACUUAUUGUCAGAAUUGGCGUAAAGUCCCGUAGGCUUUCCCAAGGCAACAAGGGCUUUCAGUGCCCUGUUCCAGGAUGUGCUGCAGGGAAGUGGUUGCCUCUCGUGGUGUGUGUUAUUUCCUCUGGGGUGCUGACUGUCUCAGUUAACUGACCAAGGAAGAUGAACGUGCACACAGCUGGCAGCAUGGAUGCAGUCUUCUGA